CUCCUUUCUGUGACCACCAGCGCUGCAAUGAGAGUUAUUAAGAGGUGGUUAGAAAGGGGAGCAGUCGGGCUGUUCUAAACUUAGAGUAACCUGAAGCAAGCCAUGAGGUAUCCCCUGGUUCCUCUGGUGAACGAGCUGACCUUUCCUCUGCUUUUCUUCUGGUUCUGCUUGCCCUUUGUCAUGCUGCUGAUCAUUGCCAUUAUCUGGCUACAGCUGCUGCUUAAUGAAGCACAGAUGCCCAGCACAGAAAAGAUUGAGAAAGAAUCUCCUGAUGAGCCUGAUCCUGACUCUGAAGAUGAACUAUCAGAGGAAGAAAACCAGAGAGAUACAUCUAGAACAGAGAUGCAAGAGGAAUCACAAUCCAGUGGAGCUGUGGGAAGACUGAGGCCCAAGCCUGCUUAUCUGAGCUCAAAUCCUAAAAGCCAAAGUCGUCUUGCUGUGACCUCAAACAGCUGCUCCCAGAGGCAGAAGAUAAGAUAUUCCCAUGCUGAAAAGAGCAUUUUCUCUAACAUCCUGAUGCUGUUGUGCUCCUUACUUUCCUCUCUCACCUGGAGUUUUGUCUCCCUGUUGCUCCAGACCUUUAGCAUCCUGAGGACUCUGCUGCUGCCAUCCUAUCUGGUUACCUACGUGGCUCAGCUGUUUGCUUUGCUGGAGGACCUGAAUUACAAAGCAAUCCAAAGAGCGCGCUGCCGCUGGUGGGAAUCAUUGUUCUGCUGCCCGUGUGCGGUGCCUGUCUCUCCAGAGCCUUACACGGGCACACUGUGCAGCACCAGCCCGCAAAAAUGAUGAAACCUGCCCUGGUUGUGUUUGCUUUUCCCACCCUGAGCCCCGCGUGGCCAAAUAUUUGUCCACGCUCUUAAAUAAAACUUGUUU